AGGACUGAAAGCGCACAAUGCCGUUCUCUGAUGACUGGGAUGAGAACGACCUUGCGAAUGAGAGUGCCUUGGAGACUGCAGAAAUUCGUCAAAGCAAGCCAAACUGGACGAGCUUCCGUGACGCACGUCUCAUCUCCGACAACGACGCGCAGCUGCUGGUCAGGUUCCAGAGGGAGGCCCUGCACAACCAGGGAGCCUUCAUUGCUGAGGAGAGCGUCGCCCUGACCCAGGCCUUCGCUGCGGUCCUCAAAUCUGUGAACAACAAGGAGGCCGUCCGCUACGUCCUGACGACGUUGGACGAGGUCAUGAAGGAGAACAGGGAGAUUGCCAAGCGUUUCAGCCAUCUGAGCGGGACUGCUGUUGACCCGAUCGUCAUCCUGCCUGACCUGCUCUCACGGGAUGAUGACAUCAUCGUUGCUCGCGCCAGUCACGUGCUUGUCCACCUGCUCAGUGCCCCCAUGCCGGCAAGCGAGGAUGUGGUUCGAAGGCUGAUGGACUUCGUGCGUGUUGAAGUUCAGCGAGAGAACCGCCACAAGGGUUUCUGCUACCUGGCCAUCUUGUCCAUUCUUCAGGGGCUUCUCCGAGAGCACUCGAGGAGGCUUGCGUUCUUCGAGGCCCGUGGGAUGCAAAUGCUGCUGGACAUCAUCAAGCAACCCAAGAAUCAUAGCAAUACUCAACUAAUUUACCAGUGCAUUCACUGUGUUUGGCUCCUGUCUUACUCGCCGGGGGUGAAGGACAAGCUAGUAGACAUGGAACUGAUCGCCAUGCUGGUUCACAUCUUGAAGGGAACUCAGAAGGAGAAGGUCAUUCGCAUGAUCUUGGCGGUCAUGGUGAAUCUGAUUGAGAGCGGGGACAUGAAAAAUCUACUUUCUAUUUGCGGAGGGCAAAGGUUGCUCGAGAAUAUGAGGCAGA